AUGAGCACCAUGGACGGUCUCCCCCGCGACAAAGUAAGCUUCGUAAAAGACAUCAAAGACUUGAUCAUCUCUCAACUGCAAGCCCUCUGCGGCCCCAGCCGUCCCGACUUCGGCAAAUUCGACGUCAUGUACUUCAAAUCAGGAACCAACCCACCGCUGUACGUCGCUCGAGCCAUCGCCUACAGCCGCGUGGGCGGCCUAACCGACUCGCAUCACAAGUGGACGAACCUGGUGCAAGGCGACAACCGGACUUCGGUGUUCGCGGCAUACGAGGAUCUCUGGAAUACGCUGAAUGCGAUGACAAGCCAGGACAUGAAAGAUAUGGCGAUGGGUGAGAAUACGGAUCAGAUGCUGCAGAUGCGCAUGCAGGGGCCUGUGCAGGAUCUUAGUGGACUGCCGUAUCUGGAGUAG